AUGGAAGCCUGAACUGAAGUGAUGGCCCUGGGGAACUUCUCCCAGGUGACAGAAUUCAUCCUCCUGGGGCUUUCUGAUACAAGGGAGGUGCAAGUCAUCUUCUUCACUUUCUUCUUGCUGGCCUAUGCCACGGUCCUGCUGGGGAACCUCCUCAUCAUCGUGACAGUCAGGACCGACCCGAAGCUGGCCUCACCCAUGUACUUUCUCCUCUGCAAUUUAUCCUUCCUAGAUAUCUGCUGCACCUCUGUCAUCUCUCCCAGGAUGCUGGUGGAUCUGCUUUCCCAGAGGAAGGCCAUUGCCUUUGAGGACUGUAUAGCUCAGCUGUUUUUCCUGCACUUUGUUGGGGCCUCAGAGAUGUUCCUGCUGACCGCGAUGGCCUACGACCGCUACGCCGCCAUCUGCAAGCCCCUGCACUACACAGUCCUCAUGAGCCAGAGGGCCUGCUGGCUCCUGGUGGCUGCCUGCUGGGCAGGAGGCUUCCUCCACUCCAUCACCCAGACACUGCUCACCAUCCAGCUCCCCUUCUGUGGCCCUAACACCAUCGACAGCUACUUCUGUGACGUGCCUCCCGUCAUUCGGCUGGCCUGCACAGACAUCUACGUCACCGAGUGGCUCAUGGCUUCCAACAGUGGCUUGAUAUGUCUGGUUUGCUUCCUGGUGCUGGUCACAUCUUACACCUUCAUCCUGCUCACAAUCAGGGCUCGCUUCACUGAGGGGCACUGGAAGGCUCUCUCCACUUGUGCCUCACACGUCACGGCCGUCACCCUCUUCUUCGUGCCCUGCAUCUUCAUCUACCUCCGUCCCUUUCGGACCUUCCCCUUUGACAAGCACGUCUGUGUGAUCUACACCAUCUUCUCCCCAGUGAUGAACCCCCUCAUCUAUACCCUGAGGAACAAGGAGGUGAAGGUGUCCAUGUGGAAAGUGUGGAGGGGCUGCACAGUCUUCUGA